ACGGCCUUGCCGGUUUGGCGGGGUGAAAGGUUGCGAAGAUGGCGACGGCCUUGAGCGAGGAGGAGCUGGACAAUGAAGACUAUUACUCGUUGCUGAACGUGCGCAGGGAGGCCUCUUCCGAAGAGCUGAAAGCAGCCUACCGCAGGCUGUGCAUGCUCUACCAUCCGGACAAGCACAGGGACCCGGAGCUCAAAUUGCAGGCGGAGCGACUGUUUAACCUCGUUCACCAGGCUUAUGAAGUGCUCAGUGACCCCCAAACCAGGGCCAUCUACGAUAUCUAUGGCAAGAGAGGACUGGAAAUGGAAGGAUGGGAGGUUGUGGAAAGGAGGAGGACACCAGCCGAAAUCAGAGAAGAGUUUGAGCGGCUGCAGAGAGAAAGGGAAGAGAGGCGGCUGCAGCAGCGAACCAACCCCAAGGGGACCAUCAGCGUUGGCAUCGACGCCACUGACCUUUUUGAUCGCUACGAGGAGGAGUACGAAGAUGUGUCCGGAAGUGGCUUUCCGCAGAUUGAAAUUAACAAGAUGCACAUAUCCCAGUCCAUUGAGGCACCCUUGACAGCUUCAGACACAGCCAUCCUCUCUGGAAGCCUCUCAACCCAGAAUGGGAACGGAGGGGGUUCCAUUAACUUCGCGCUCAGACGAGUCACUUCUGCGAAGGGCUGGGGAGAGUUAGAAUUUGGAGCUGGCGACCUGCAGGGGCCUUUAUUUGGCCUAAAGUUGUUCCGUAAUCUCACACCAAGAUGCUUUGUGACGACAAACUGUGCUCUGCAGUUUUCAUCCCGUGGCAUCCGGCCUGGCCUUACCACCGUCCUGGCCCGGAACCUGGACAAGAGCACGGUGGGCUACCUGCAGUGGCGCUGGGGCAUCCAGUCGGCCAUGAACACCAGCAUCGUCCGGGACACCAAGACCAGCCACUUCACUGUGGCCCUGCAGCUUGGAAUCCCUCACUCCUUCGCGCUGAUCAGCUAUCAGCACAAAUUCCAGGAUGACGAUCAGACUCGCGUGAAAGGAUCCCUGAAGGCAGGCUUCUUCGGGGCGGUGGUGGAGUACGGAGCGGAGAGGAAGAUCUCCAGGCACAGCGUUUUAGGCGCAGCUGUCAGCGUUGGAGUCCCACAGGGCGUUUCUCUCAAAGUCAAGUUGAACAGGGCCAGUCAGACCUACUUCUUCCCCAUCCACCUGACGGACCAGCUGCUCCCCAGCGCCGUGUUCUACGCCACCGUGGGGCCCCUCGUGCUCUACUUUGCUCUGCACAGGCUGGUCAUCCAGCCCUACCUCAGGGCCCAGAAGGAGAGGGAGCUGGAGAAGCAAAGGGAAAGUACAGCCACCGACAUCCUGCAGAAGAAACAAGAGGCAGAAGCUGCUGUUCAGCUGAUGCAGGAAUCUGUCCGAAGAAUAAUCGAGGCCGAAGAGUCCAGAAUGGGGCUCAUCAUCGUCAACGCCUGGUACGGGAAGUUCGUCAGCGACAAGAGCAAGAAGAGCGAGAAGGUGAAGGUGAUUGACGUGACUGUGCCCCUGCAGUGCCUGGUGAAGGACUCCAAGCUCAUCCUCACCGAGGCCUCCAAGGCCGGGCUGCCUGGGUUCUAUGACCCGUGUGUGGGCGAAGAGAAGAACCUGAAAGUGCUUUACCAGUUCCGAGGUGUCCUGCAUCAGGUGAUGGCGCUCGACAGCGAGACGCUCCGGAUACCAAAGCAGUCUCACAGAAUUGAUACUGAUGGAUAAACUGCUUGAGAAACCAGAUUUAAACGAGGCUACAGAAAAACCUUCCCCUGGGAGUCUACCAAUUUGGAAGCAGGAAAAAAACUCCAGACGUCAGAUGUGUGUUAUUUUGUAUUUCUGUAGAAGGUGGCACUGUAGCAAUUAUGCGAAGGGACCCGCAGGCACCCCGCUUUCCGGGUGCUGUAGGUAGGACUGAGGCAGCCCCACCUGGACCGGAACCACAGCACGGCCCGUGUCUAUUCCCAAGGAUCAUGUCCUGCCAGGAAGGGCCCUGGGCCCCUGGAGCCUCCGGGUCCCUCCCCAGGUUCCUCAGCACAUGUGCCGGCUGCAACCCCCAGUAGCUCUUGGUCUGCCGUGAGGUACUUAUGAACACCUUGCCCUCACGCACAGGACUGUGAACUACUUUUCCUGAAAUCCACACUGAACGUGGAAAAUGAAAUGGAAGGAAGGAGUCCCUACGAGCAGAAUCUCCAAAUCAAGUGAGCAUCUGUUCGGUCAGCUUCCUGAAAACCACCUUUACCUGCUGAAAUAUCACUAAGUGAAUCUGGAGAGGAUUGUGUGGGUUUAUAAAUCUGCUUUUUAUCUGAGAA